CUUCACCAUCACAAUUGCACUGGCAAUUAGUUAAUCACCAAAAGAUUUAAACACAUCUCAGUACUGUUGCAAUGGCGAAGCUUUCACUUGCUGCAGCUCUUUUGUUGUGCUUGUUAGCCGUUGCAAGUGCAAACAGCUUCACCAUCACCGUGACGGAGGACGAUAUCGACAAUCCGUCACAAAGUUGCCAAGAACAGAUCCAGAGGCAGAGGCUCAACCACUGCAGGAUGUACCUUUCAAGAAGCCGCCAAUAUGAGUUGAGCAUGGUGACAGAUGACGACAAGAGCAACCAAGCACAGGAGCAUCUCCAACAGUGCUGCCAGGAAAUGAGGAACAUGGACACUCAAUGCCGCUGUCAGGCACUUAGGAGGAUGGUGUCGCAAGAGCGCGGCACCCAAGGCCAACAGGCGGAGCGCAUGUUAGGGAGAGCUCGUUACCUCCCCCGCAUGUGCAACAUCCAGCCUACUCAGUGUCAUUUCUAAGGUGGACGAACAAAUAUAGCUAGCUAUAGUGUUUGUUAGUUAAAAAAACACAUCAUCGUGUGUGAGCUAGCUAGUUUAAUUAGAGAUCUGCUUGUCUAUCUAGUGUUUUAUGUUUUCAUGGCAUAUAAAAGGGUGACCAUGAAUGUAAGAUCAGAUCUUGCUCGUUUUAAUAUGAAUAAAAUGUCUUGUUUCCA